UCCACGUCUGCUGAUAUUUCAGUUAGUUCAGGGGUAGGCGCGAUGGGUCCUAGUUGUCGCUUUUGCAAGAAGUUAUUUACGGCCUGGAAAAAUGCCUUACGUCAUGAACGACAGUGUGCAGACGCACCUAACCUAGAAAUGCACCUCUGCGAGAAAUGCGGCACUACAUUUGCUCGUUGGGGUAACCUACAGCGCCAUUUGAAGAUCUGUACCGGCACACAUACAUCUCGCAGCAAGCAUUGUCGGUACUGCUACAGGCAGUUUACGAGGACCUUCGAUGCUCGUAGGCAUGAGGAUUCCUGUACUGGAAACCAGGCUCGAGCAGUUAAUGCUCUUUGUGAUAAGUGCGGAAAUGUUUUUGCCCGGCGCGACAAUUUAGCAGCACACCGCUUGGUAUGUCGUGGGUCUGCGGCGACGACUCCAGCUCUCCCGACUCGGUGCACAAUGCUUGUGAGUGAUGAGCAGCAAGCCUCUACUUCUAGAGCAGUUCAACCCAUGGUGUUGCCUAAUACCUCAACAUCCCAGGCCACAUCAACCAUUGAGCCAGAAGAUAUUAAUAAUAAUAAUGAUUUCGUUGAAGUGGCUCGUGCAUUCAGUGGUAGUUUGCGCACCUUCGUAGCCGGGAACAAUUUCGACCGUUCAUUGGAUAUCUGUACAUAUCUUGAGACGAUGGAGGAUAGAAUAGUUGCGCAGCUAACUGAGAUUGUAGAGGCAACUGGGGCCGUAAAAUUUAAUAUGUGGCUCGAGUGCAAUUAUGCAAAACCAGCACCAUUCGACGACAGUGCAGACCUGCGUGCCUUCAAGACCCCCAACAUCCCUCUAUACAAUGUAGAUGAUGUUGCUAUAGCUGUUCGAAAUAGUAUUUUGAACAUCUGUAAGGAGGAGGACGAGUACAUGAGCAAAGGUUCUGGCUGGUCGCUGACGUCAGUGAAGUGCAUACAACUUCGUGUCAGCAAGCUCGACCCACUGCGUGCAUCUUCCUAUCUGCCUCUGCCACCAUCGAUUGCUAUCAAACAUGCUGUACUUAAUCCCCAGAACGAAGAUCAAGAAUGUUUCAAGUGGGCCAUUAUCUCCAAGUUUGUUGGGGGAUUUAAUGUGUGUCGAGUUGACCAACGAUACCUGAACCUGGAGACACAAUUUAACUUUGACGGACUUGAUUUCCCUACACCAGUCAAACAGAUUAAUGUCUUUGAGCGACACAACCCAACCGUGUCAGUUAAUGUCUAUACUCUCGGUGAAGAGAAUAAGGUGGUCCCAAUUCGGGUUGUUGAUGAAGAGAAGCAGCAGCAUUUCGAUCUUCUGCUAAUAUCCGAUGUCGAUCACAAGCACUACUGCCUCAUAACGGACUUUUCACGGCUGAUACGGUCUCAGGUAACCAAUCACAAUGAAAGAAUAUAUAUAUGUAAGAGAUGCUUCAAAUCAUUUGAUGAUCAACUCCGAGUGACUGGAAUGACGGGACAACAGUGCCUGGAACAACAUAGGAGGUACUGUGUUCCUCAUGCACCUGUGCGUGUUGAAAUGCCGCUUCCAGACAAGGAUGGAAACCCACCCAGGCUGGAAUUCACCAACUUCCACCACAUGGGUAAACUGCCUAUAGUUGUGUAUGCAGACUUCGAGGCCAUGCUAACCAAGGUGGACUCAUGUCAGCAUGACCCCAAUAUAGCAUACACAGAGAAGUACCAGAAGCAUGAGCCAUAUAGCUAUGGUAUAUACAUCAAGGUGGACAAUGCUCGUAUACCCACACACCUUACAGCAAACCUGCCACAGGAACCGAUUAUAUACCGAGGUGUGGAUGCUGCGAGUAGGUUCAUGGAGGAUAUAGUUGAAAUUGGGAACAAAGUGAAGGAUAUAUAUGCUACCUCCAUCCCAAUGACACCUCUGACACGGACCCAGUACAUUACCUUCAACCAUGCAGCACAAUGCUGCUACUGCUACAAACCCUUCACUGCAUCAAACUAUAGGGUGAAGGAUCAUGAUCAUUUUACAGGAAAUUACAUUGGACCUUCCUGUAAUGGCUGUAACAUGUUGCGUCGUAGACCAAAGAAGCUAGUAGUCUUCUUCCAUAAUCUCGGCUACGACCAGCACUUUAUUGUCAAGCAGCUUGGGUAUGACACUAAGGAGAUCUUCAUCAUACCACACAGUGAAGAGAAAAUGAUAACAUUCUCGAAGAAGCUUGCUAAUAAUGCUACUUUUGGGAAAUUGAUGGAGGCGAAACGUAAGAGGCAAGUAAUGGAGCUGGUGUGCUGUGAAGAGCGCCUCCGCAAGCUUGUGGCUCGCCCCACCUUCAAGGACUACACAGUCUAUGAUCAGAGUCUGGCACUGGUGCACCUUCAGCACGAGAAAAUAAUGUUCGACAAGCCAAUAUAUGUUGGAUUUGCCGUUCUUGACCUCUCCAAGACUUUGAUGUACCACUUCCAUUAUGAUGUGAUGAAACCCAGCGGGAUAACCGUCGACGAGUGGCCUGAGAGGACCAGCGAACGGUUGCGGGGACCCGCCCUCGACUGGUGGCAACUAUGGGGGCAGGCCGACAUGGAGUGGCCCGAGUUCGCAGAGGCCCUCAACCACCGUUUCAACGCCGGGGCUACACUGGUACAAUGCACCUCACAAUUCUACAGUAGCACGCAGCGGGAGGGAGAACCAGUGGAAAAUUUCAUAGCCCACAAACUACAACUAUUCCGCCGGAUAUCACCACUCGUAGAACCAGCGAGGGCACUACCCACCAUCACAUUACUCCUCAGAGACGAACUCCAGCCCUUCCUACGCAUAGGACGCACCACCACCGUCGAGGACUACGUCCAACUGGCAGUAGCCACGGAACAAAAUUUCCAGAGAGCCUGGUGGAGAAACCCGCGCAGGACCAACCGGGAGGACCCCAACCCGCCGAACGACCGGCGCCCACUAGCCAUCCAAGGGGCACCACCGCCCCAACAACGCAGGCCCUCACACCCCGACAACCGACGCCCCCCCUACACGCUGGAGGCGCCUCAAGCGGACGCCAACACAGCCCCCCGACCGCCUCACUGCCAACUGGGACUCGGGCAGCUGACCCAACCACCGGACAACUUGCUCCGCAUACCGGUAGAGGUCAACAACACACCAGCCAUUGCACUCGUGGACACAGGAGCGAGCCACGUGUUCAUCCACCCCUCGUUGGUACCCCCCGGCUCCCUCCGCCCGCACCGGGGUGAACUACGCCUGGCCACCGCCACACACGCCGGCCUAAUGGUGGGGUACGCUGACGUCCAGGGGGCGCGGGAGGCUGGAAGACAUACGUGCCACCCGAAGAACGCGAGGCGGUACUCCGCUUCGUGCACGACCACGACCUUGCAGGCCACCCGGGGGCAGACCAAACCCAGAGAGCGGUCUCACAACACCACCACUGGCCAGGGAUGGCAAGGGACGUCAGGGAAUACGUGCGCGAAUGCGAAGAAUGUCAAGUGCGUAAAGCACGCCGACGGGACGGCGAACAACAACAACAACCCCGCCAACCAACACAGGCAUUCCAGACCAUCGCGCUAG